AUUCCACGCAGUCAACAUCUGUAAACUAAAUCUUAGAAAACUCUCGCAAGGAUUACCAUGACGAGCAUUUGCAGCAGCAAAUUCCAGCAGCAGCAUUACCAGCUGACCAACAGUAACAUUUUCUUGCUGCAACAUCAGCAUCACCAUCAAACGCAGCAACACCAGUUGAUUGCUCCGAAAAUACCUUUGGGUACCAGCCAACUGCAGAAUAUGCAGAACGGUCAACAGUCCAAUGUUGGACCCAUGUUGUCCUCCCAGAAGAAGAAGUUCAACUACAACAACAUGCCCUAUGGCGAGCAAUUGCCAUCGGUGGCCAGACGAAAUGCCCGUGAACGCAAUCGCGUGAAGCAGGUGAACAAUGGAUUCGUCAAUCUCCGCCAGCAUUUGCCUCAAACUGUGGUAAACUCGCUGUCCAAUGGAGGACGUGGUACCAGCAAGAAGUUAUCCAAGGUGGACACACUGCGAAUCGCCGUUGAAUAUAUUCGAGGACUACAGGACAUGCUUGGUGAUGGCACUGCUUCGUCAUCUCGUCACAUCUACAAUUCCGCCGAUGAAAGUAGCAACGAUGGCAGCAGCUAUAACGAUUACAACGAUAGUUUGGACAGUUCGCAACAGUUCUUGAUGGGAGCCACCCAGUCUGCCCAAUCCCACUCCUAUCACUCCGCCUCGCCCACGCCGUCGUACUCCGAAUCCGAGAUUUCCGGAGGUGGCUAUAUCAAACAGGAACUACAAGAGCAGGACCUCAAAUUCGACUCCUUUGAUAGCUUCAGUGACGAGCAGCCAGAUGACGAGGAGCUGCUCGAUUAUAUUUCAUCUUGGCAAGAGCAGUGAAGGGAUCUUACUGAAAGUCCCCCAUACAAACAAAUAUUGUACAAAUUGUAAAUACCCAAAAUUGUUGCCUUAGUGAGUGAAAAACCAAGUCCCAAAUUUUACAUUAGCCUCUAAGUUGCCCCAUCUUUUUUUUUAUUAUAUUUUAACACAAUGGAAGACAAUGAUAUAAAACCACAUAUUUUUUUCAUAGUUAUAAGUUUGUUAUAAGCAUGGAAGACACUAAACUAACUACUUUUA